AUGCAUGGUAAAUCCGACAGUGACAAUGAAUCCGAGGUCUCGGAGCAUCAUGACCCGAGCUCUCAACACCACGAGACAACUCAAGACUCACCUCGUCCUCUCAACCAAGUAACAGAACCCGAUGGCCUCCUUCCCCCGAGCCCAGGCUCAACUCCAGAGCCAAAGGGCAACGAGCCUAUCGCUUGGUCCGACCUCCCUCAGAAACAUCAGCUCUUCAUCAUCACCCUCGCCCGCAUGAGCGAGCCCCUCGUUCAGUCUUCCCUCCAGGCCUACAUGUUUUACCAGCUCAAGUGGUUCGACCCAGACGCACCAGAUUCGACCAUCUCAGCACAGGCUGGUGUUCUUCAUGCUAGUUUUACCGCUGCCCAGUUCCUCACGGCCAUGCUCUGGGGUCGCGUUGCGGACUCGCCCCGUUCCGGACGCAAGACGGUUUUACUCAUCGGUCUCUGCGGCACGAGCUUGUCUUGUUUAGGCUUUGGAUUUGCUACGUCGUUCUGGCAGGCUCUCUUAUUUCGAACAAUUGGGGGUGCCACCAACGGUAAUGUUGGAGUUAUGAGGACCAUGAUCAGCGAGAUCAUCCGAGAGAAAAAGUACCAGUCAAGGGCCUUUCUCCUGCUCCCCAUGACCUUCAACUGCGGCGUAAUCCUGGGUCCUAUUAUGGGCGGUCUCCUAUCCGACCCGGCGGGUAGCUAUCCUGGUCUCUUUGGGAAGGUCGACUUCUUUCUCAAGUAUCCAUAUGCAACGCCAAACAUCAUUAGCUCAAUAUUCCUCGCCAUUGCUGCGCUGACGGUCUGGCUCGGUCUCGAGGAGACGCUCGACGCACUCCGGGAUGGCCCGCAAGAUCUUGGCUCGCGUCUUGGGCAUAGAUUCGCUUCACUGAUACGGAAGCGGUUCUCAUCGGGUGGCUCGCAUGAAGGCUAUACCGCUAUUCCCGCUGAAGAUGUUGAGCUGGCACCGGAGGGCGAGGUCACGACGAAGCGUCCAGCGAGGCGAUAUACUCAGCGCCUCCCCUUCAAGCGAAUGUUCACACGCAACGUCACCAUGACCUUUGUCGCGAGCUUCUUACUCGGAAUGCACAUUGGCACAUUCAACUCUCUCUGGUUCGUCUUCCUGUCAACCCCAGUCUGGAAUCCAGACACCUCGGAGCACCCGCGCCAUCUUCCCUUUCUCUUCACCGGUGGAUUAGGCCUCCCUCCUCGGUCUGUGGGACUCGCGAUGGCGACUCUGGGCUUCAUCGGUAUAAAUCUGCAGUUAUUUCUCUACCCGCGGAUUUCGGCACGCCUGGGGACGACCAAGGCCUGGCGAUUCUCCUUGUUCUGCUUCCCUAUUGCCUACUUUCUUGUCCCGUACCUCUCAGUCGUCCCCAGCAGCGAGUCUUCUCCUCCUCCAGGCCCUAAGGGAGGAAUUGCCAUUUGGCUGGCCAUCUGCGGUGUUCUCUCGAUUCAAGUACUGGGUCGAACUUUUGCAAUUCCAAGUCAGACAAUCCUCGUCAACAACUGCUCGCCCCAUCCAAGUGUCCUCGGCACUAUCCAUGGGAUAGGUCAGAGCGUGGGCAGCGCGGCAAGGACAAUCGGUCCAAUGAUUGGUGGUGUGAUUUACGGCUUCGGCCUUAACAAGGGCAUGGUCGGUCUGGUGUGGUGGAUUCUCAGCUGCGUUGGUAUCUGUGGCAUCUUGGCCAGCUUGUUCGUCAAGGAAGGGGAUGGACAUGAGAUAUGGCUCCCAGGCGACGAAGAUGAGACGAUAUCUGAUGCGGAUAGAAGUCACGUCACAGCGCGAGACUGA